AGGUGAUGCAGUUCACGGGCGUAGAAGCAGAUGAGGCGAUGGUAGCACUACAUGACUGUGACAAUGAUGUCAAUGCUGCUAUCGAUGCAUUACUGGAAGGUGACGACCAAGGAAAAUGGCUAGAAUCCACUAAGAAAAAGAAAAAGCCAACAACUACAAAGCCAACAGAAGCAGAAAAUAAUAAAGAAAAUCGACGGCUUGAUUCUCGUGAACGAAGUAGCUCCAGACCCAGAGGUGGGGGACCGCCUAGGUUUAGAGGGCGAGGUGGGGGUAGCAAUCGAGGAGGGCGUGAGAGUGAUGGUUGGGAUGGCCCUGGUCGUGGUGAAGGUUCACGUCGAGGGAGGAUGACCAACGGCACUUCUGUGACAAGGGGUCGGGGAGGCCGAGGUCGGGGGGGUUCCGUAGGUCCACGUACAUUCCAAAAUCGACAGGCUCCAGGUUUUCCGGAUUCCAUUGAUACUUGGGGUCCUGUCACAGAAGAUAAACCAAACCAUCAAAACAAUUUGAAGAUAGAUAAUUGGGAUGAUGAACCUCCUGCAAGUUCAGAUGACUGGGACAGUGAAUGGACUGGGUCUUUGGAGGAGACUACUGUAUUUUGUCCCUCAAGCAGUUCUGUUGCUACCAACAUUACACCAGUUUUGUCAGAAAGUUUACCAGACCCAAUGGCUGUAGGAAGUGCAUCAGUUGGAUCAGCUGUGUCUUUGGCACCAACACCAGUUUAUGUUACCACCCCUCAGUCUUAUGCACCCUCUACAACUGCCACAUAUUCAUCGGCUUCAGUUUCUACAUAUUCUUCAGCUACAUCGUCAACAGCGUCUAUCACUCAGCCACAGACUAUGGAUUUAGUGUCGUUGCUGCAAAAGGCAGCACCACAAUCCACUCUGAGUGGUUUGGUUCCUCCAAGUUCACUUGGAGGCACCAAUAACAAUAAUAGUGUUAGUGGUGGAGCUACCUUAGUUUCCCCUGCCCCAGGGUUAAAUGUUGGUGGUCAGCAUGGUAUUUUAGCAGGACUUAAUACCAAUGUUGGAGAAUCUCUUAAAGCUGGGAGUCUGGUGGGUAGUGUUGCAGCAACUGUCCCAUCUCCUGCAUCAUCUGCGCCACCUCCAUAUUCAAGUCCUACAGCUCAGUUACAGGCGGCUAUCUUUUCAAACUCAGGUUUGCACAGUGGUGUUUCCAGCAGCCUAGCAAGCAGUAUAAGUAACAGUAGCAACAGUGUGAUUAAUAACAAAAGUGUAAGCUUGUCUACUGUUAGUAGCAGUUUGCCUUCACGUCCAAAGACACAGAGACCAAGGAUACCUCAAGCAUCAAAGAUACCAUUGUCAGCUGUGGAAAUGCCAGAAGAUGCCAUGGCAGCCUUAGAUGUGCAAUUUAGUGGUCUUGAAUUUGGAGCAGAAACCUUUGAUUUCACUGCAGAGGUGAAGACUAGUUCAAGUACUUCAUGUGGUGUUAAUACAACACCAAUAAGUAGCAGAGAUCCAUCCACACCUCCAGCUACAAAAGACUUGACUUCUGCCUCCCUUGCUUCACCCUUAUCACAGACACAAAAGCUUGGACCUGAGCCCAUCCCAUUUCCCUCCUCACAAACGGCUGAACGUAAACCCUCUGGAGGGGCCUUCGGAUCAGGGACCCAGCGUAGCAGUGCCAGCAACAGUGCUGCUCCCCAGGGCCUGUCAGAGCUGGCUAAGAAUGAAACUGGUGGUGGCACAGGUGGCUUAGGGAGCUUAGUUGGCACAGCUGGACCAACCUAUCAGCCAUACACCAGCUCUAAGCCGACCUCCUCCUCCUCCUCCUCCUUCCCUUCCCCACCCUCUGCUGCUCCCUACUCACAGCCACCCUCACAGAAUUCAUAUUCAACAACUAAUCAACAGGGAGGAAGUGGAGUCAGCAGUAGCAACAGCACUGUGUAUAGUAAUACCAAUUCAGGGUCAACAGGUACCAAUAGUAAUAACAGUUCCAGCAGCCAAGGUGGUUAUGGUUCCAGUUUUUCUGUUCAGGCCUCUGGUGCUGGAAGCAGCAAUGGACAGUAUCAAAAUAGUUAUGCUAAUGCUUCUAGUCAUUCUUCAUUAGGGUCUAUCACAGCACCCAAAACCCUUACUGGACUUUCAACAUCCCCUGCAGUUAAAGAUGCUACACAGAGUUUUGGAGAGCAGACCUCAACAGGGGCUUCCGGGUUGUCGAGCACGCUGUCAACAAGUGCGACUGUCAGUAGUAAUGUGACCAGCAGUACAGGCUCUGCAGUCUUGUCAGCUACUUUAAAUUCAGCCCCUACGCUUCCAGUACAGCCUUCUAAACCAUCAGUUCCGGGUAAAGUAAUAAGCAGCUUGGGUGGAACUGUGCCUCCUGGUGUACCCCACCAUCAGCCUCACAUGCACCAACAACAGGUGCAACAGCAUCAAGCGCAACACCAGCAACAGCAGCAGCAGCAGCAGCAUCAGCAGCAGAUGAUGGCACAACAUUCACAGUAUGUUUCUCCUCCUGCAGCGGCAUUACAGGGUGCUCUACCGCCUGCUUUUUAUACUGGACUUCAGCAGCCUACCAUGUAUUCUCUAGAAGAUUUUCAGCUAUUACAGCAAAGGAUGCCACACAUGCAGGCUCCUACUAGUUUGGCUACUGGAAGAGAAGGAAACAUCACUUCUGCAGCAUAUUCUGCUGCUGAUGCAAAGUUUCGCACAGACCAGAAUUCUUCACCUGUUCCUUCCACGAUGAAUCAACAAGUAGGUCAAGGUGCGCAGGCUGGUGGCACUUACAUUACUGCAACAGGCAAUGCAGCGAUGCCUCCAUUUUAUAUGUACCAUAAUAUGGCUGCAGUACCAAGUUCAUUCCCACAGUAUGGUGCACCCACUGCAAUCAUACAAAUACCACCUGUAACCAAUGCUCAUACAGGUUCAACAACUAAUCAAUUCCCAGCAGCUCCUAAGUUGCAGUAUGGAACAGGCAAUUAUUAUGAUAAUAUUACACAGACUCAAGAUUUCAAAACUGGAUAUGGAACAGCCUCACAAAACCAGACUAAAGGUGGUGGUGCAACAACAGGUUCUGCUACAAAUUCAGGUUCUGACCUCGGAGGGUACAAAAAUCACCUGAAAAUGGGAAGGUCUUAUGAUAAACAAGGUUUCCACACUGGGACACCUCCACCAUUCAACCUAGCUGGAUCAGGAACAAAUCCCAUGACAGCCAAUGCUUACACACCUAUGUUUAUACCUACAAUGCCUGCUGCCCAGCAUCAUUCUCCAUUAAUGCAUCAUCAACUGCAUCAAGAUGGAGCCAGUUCUGGAGGUCAACGUGCAGCCACAACUGGUGGUCAGAACAAAGGAGGAUCGAAACCUUCUUAUGGAGGAUCUUACUGGGGGACAAAUUAAGAUAAUAUAAAAGCACCUCAUAGAAAUGAAAAGGGAGACAAAAGGUGUACAGUUUUACAAACUAAUAAAGCUUAAGUCUGUUACAUUGAAGAUUUAUUGUAAUGUACAUGAUAUGAGUAACAUCAUAAUGUCAAUGGUUAGGUGCCUCUCAUUAUCCGGAGCAUCAGUUUAUUGAUUAGUUAUGAAAAUGCGCUCACAGAAGACUGUUGUAAAAAACAAAAUUGAUAUGUACAAGGGUCAAAUUUUAAGUGUACUCUUUAGUCAGUGCAAAAGAAAUAUAUAUAUACAAAAGGAUUUGCUUGUCUCAGAAUAUAGUAAAUAUAACAGUGAGACAAGCUAUUCCUCACCCUUUAUAGGUCUAUUCUGUAUGAACUCGUCCAAGGUGAUGUUAAAGUGGAUAUAAUAUUUAGCAAUGGUGUAUUCAGUCUUGCUCUUCUCACUUGUAAAUAAUAGACGCCACUGAAUAAACCAUGGGCAUAAGUCCACUGGCAUGGUGCAUUUCUCCACAACCUCUCACUCCACACCUUUUUAUAUAAUAAAGAAGUUUUACAGAUUGUACUUUUGGGUGAUAGGAUUUGACAAAGAAGGCCUAGUGAUUGUUCACCACUAGAACAAGACUUCAGUAGAAUACAAUAUAAGGCAGCAUUCUAUUCUGGAGUGAGUAAUUCUUUUUUUGUUAAUUUUUUUCUUUUGUUUUUACAAAUCCUGAAAAACCAAGGGACCCCCUGUGUAAUUUCACACCACAUCUUGGAUUUUUGCCUUCAGUGAUCGCCCCAGAAUAGGAUGAGUGUAUGUUCAACUCAUUUUUUUUUUCCUUUUUUUCUAACUUGUGUAUCUAUCUAGGUACAUUAUAAUCCCAUUCCUGUUACAGGAAUGCUGUAUCGAUAUAUGAAAAAUUAUGCCUCUUGUUUUGUAAGCUUUUUGUGUAGUGAGAUAGUGAAAUAUUUCAGUUCACCAAUAAAAUAUCUUGACUCUAUAUAA